GUUGACGAGCAAGGGCUGUUCUUGGGUGCCAACGAAAAAAUCGCUAGCACAGGUUGGGUGAUGUUGACUAACUACGCUAGUUGUACAUCAACUGCAGGUGGAAUAGCACACGAUUCAAACUGUCGGCCAUUGACUAGAAGCCCCACGGGAACUAUGCACAACGCUGCUCCCGGACUUGCGCCACCUCAGCUGGG